AUGAACCCUUUUCAAAAACAAAUUCGCGGUGGCUCUGGCGACACCACCUCAUGCAUCUACAGUCGAUCCACCGACACGGCCAAAGAUGCUAUCCCUAUGAAUAUCAUAUCAACUACCCUACAAAUCAAGCCAUCUCUUCCUGAGAUGAAUCUACUGGACCACCAAAUCUCUAUGGCUCGUGGGUCUACUAUGGCCUUGGAAACCACACGGCCGCGGCUGAGAAAAUCCAAAACACAACCCCAAAUGUCAAUUUUGGAGUUAAAGGCCGAACGAAUGCAACAACAGAGUCAGCAGGGGCUUGAGAACAAUUUUUAUUCCAAGUGUUUUGAGAGCUUCCACCAACUCGUCAGCGCCACAAUGGACGCAACCCAAAGUCUUGCUCUGCAGUAUCAUUUCAACCCCGCAAAAAGCCCUUCUGGUGACCCGCGCCUGAUUCGAGCUAUUGUUUUAUUAAGAGUGGCUCUUGAUAAAUCCCGAGCUGAGGAAACCAGUGCAGAGCAGGAGUGGAAGCAGCAGUGGAGGGUCUCUUCUGUUCGGCAGUCUUCACUUCGAUGGCUUUGA